UUCGGCAACUUUUGUGUGAAGAUGAACGACGAAACUCUGGUAAACCUCGAUGUGGAUUUGUCUGAAGAUGAGACACAAAGGAUGCUUCAUCACAUUAACCAGCUUGAUGAACUCAGGAUGAACAAGAACUUCCGGAUGGUGUUCUUGUUUCAGGGCGAACCCUGUUCUGGCUUCAUCGAUGAGUUCAGUAAGCGACAACCCAAGAUGCUGCAGUGUCUUAAAGAGCUGGAGGAGAAUGCUGUUCAGUUAGACAGGAUGCAUAAGGGUUCAAAGAUCUCCAGUGUGGCCGGCAGCUCGGUGGGGGCAGCUGGAGGUGUGCUUUCCAUCAUUGGCUUGGCGUUAAUUCCUGUAACAGCUGGAGCGUCUUUAAUUCUGACAAUGACUGGGGUCGGGCUGGGAAUUACCAGCGGCGUCAACAGUGCUGUCACCACCGCCACAGAGAUUGGAGUAAACCAUAAACAUCAAAAGAAAGCCAGAGAAGUCUUCCAGAGCUUCAUGGAGGAUGUGCAGUUUUUCCAGGAUUGUCUGGAGAAGGUCACCAAAAGCAAGCUAGAUGUUGUUCUGGGAGUUGGCAAGGUGCUCUGUAGAUCUGGUGCUAUUGUAAAGGGUAUUGAUUCACUUGUUGAUGCAUCCUCCGCUAUUAAGAUGUUAAAAAGUGAAGAGCUGGCUGUAAAUGCUGGCAAAGUGGCAGUGCAGGAAGGAAAGGUAUUGCGUAACAUCCCCAAGGUUGCGUCAGAUAUCCCAGAUAUUGGACAGGCAGCAGUCAAAGGGCCUCUUGCCCUCUCCAAGUCAGCCAGGGCCGGUCUCAUCGGGCUCAAUGCUCUCUUCCUUGGCAUGGAUAUCUUCUUCAUCUGUAAAGAUAGCAUCAGUCUGGCUAAAGGCAGCGAGACUGAAGUCUCACAGUUCAUCAGAGCCAGAGCUGCACUCUGGAGCUCAGAGGUGGACUCAUGGCAGAUGGUCCAUGACUUCCUAAGCAAAGGUGUGCAGACAUCAGAGGAAAACAAAGCUGUCCUGGAGAAACCAUUUUAUCCAGAGAGGGAGAUGAAGAAACAAAAACCGGAAGAGAAAGAUGUUUGUGUAAUACAGUAGUGAACACUGAACACAGACAAUUACUGCCUUAGUGGCAACAAUCACAAUGUGCCUUAUUUCCAACUGUUUAACACUGUUGUUCUUUGAGGAAUUCUUAAUUAGCUGAAAUUCUCAUGACAUAGACUGAACCUGUUUCUAAAUGCAUUGGAGGUGUAAUUUAGUAAUACAUUUGAAUGUAAUGUAAUGUAAGAGUUGCAAUUACUGCCAUAUGAAAAUGUUAUGCAAAAUACAUUCUGUACAAUCUGUAGGUAUAAUUCUACCUGCACAUUUUUCUUGCACUGUUUAUAUUUGAUUCUGUUAAUUGCAAUGAUAGAUAUAUAGAUAAGUAUUUGGAUGCUUAUAAUUUGCAGGAUUUACUUUUCAACUCCACCUUUUAUAUUUUAUUUAUGUACUCUCUUGUAAUGAUAAUACCUGCAGCUCAGCACAGCUGGAUGUCAGUCAAAGUAAGGUGCGCUGAGGGAAGUCUUUUGCAUUCAUUUGAUCAUUUAUAUUUCAUAGUUAUUAACACCAGUUUAAGAACUUUUUACAUGACAACAGACAGCAAACUUGAACACUAUAGACCAGGGGUGCCAAAACCGGCCCGACACACACACUGUCCUUCAUCCAGCUCCAGCACCUUGCAUGCUCGUCAUGGUCGGAAAACCCUAUUCGGGGGGCCGGAUCUCUCAUGUACCCAUGUUGCUACUUCCCCAAUUUGUGAUUAAACACCUUUAUUAGGAAUAUGCAUCAUGUGAGCAAAUAUAAUCUGAGAUAAUAAAGCCUUUAAAAUUA